CAUGCCUGCGUGUAAAGUUUAUCUGAAAAUCGAAGUAUGGCGUCGGCGUCAGUAAAGAACACAAAAGUAAAACAAAUGACCUGAUAUUUUGACCCGAAACUUUCAUGUAUGUUUGUCAAUCAUUUGUGCCAAGCUGAAGCAUGUGCACUUUUGAUUGACAAGAGUUAUGGAAUCAAUGGAUGUUAAUCAUACAGAAUUUCUUUCUUCUUCAGUGGGAGACCAAAAUUCACUAGUAGCUGGUCAAAAAUGUGAAAACACUGCCGAAAUGCUUGGCUUUUAUGGUGAAGAAGAAGUUCAAUCAAAAGAAAAUUCUGGUGCUGAUUCAGAAUCAAAUUUAUCAUCGAGUAAUAAUCAAUUGAAAAAUACCAAGAUGCCUAAAGCUCCUGAAGAGAUUAAUUCAAAAGAAGAAACCACGGCUCCCAUACCAGCACCUAUUAUGGGUAAUUGUGAGUUUUGUGGAUUUUAUGGAAUCAAGGAACAUUUCUUUUCAAAGUCGAAAAGAUUUUGUAAGGUGGAAUGUGCCAAAAAAUAUUCAGCUUCAAACAUAAAAAAGAGGAAAACAGAUCGGUCAACUCCAUCAAAGCGAAAAAAUAUUCGAAAAGCUACUCCUAAUAAAAAGGUGAAGGAAGUUGCUGUGAUGAAACCACAAAUUACAGAUGUUGUCAUGGGAGAUGACUGGCAAAAGAAACGAUUUGUUUGGUCUGAAUACUUAAAAACCUGCAAUGGAAAAGCUGCCCCGUCCACAUGUUUUCGACAUGCUCAAGUCAUGUCGUGCUUAAAAGAUGUGCACAUCGGAAUGAAAGUGGAAGUUAUAAACAAUGGCAUGGAAAGCUUUAAUAAUGCUGAAAAUACUACGUUCUGGGUCGCCUCCGUUAUAAACUUCAAGCAUUUUAAGGCGUUACUUCGAUACGAAGGUUAUAAUGAAAGCGAUAGUGCUGAUUUCUGGUUCGAUCUUCGCAAUCCUGAUAUACAUCCAGUUGGAUGGUGUGCCAGGAUCAACAAACCACUAAUACCCCCGCAAGCUAUAAAGACGCGAAUAACCAAUUGGCAGGAAUACCUGUUUAAACGUCUAUCUGGUGCGAAGACAUUCUCGGCCGAUUUUCUUCAAAAGGUACAAGAAAUACCCCACAAUCGCUUCAAAGUUGGAAUGAAAGUCGAGGUGGCUGAUCGCAAGAAUCUUUACUCGGUAAUGUGUGUAGCAACAAUUGUUGAUGUCGUAGGCGACCGUCUACGUUUACGUUACGAUGGCUUGGAUCCGGACAUUGCUGAAGAUUUCUGGUGUCAUUAUUAUUCUACCGAUAUCCACCCUGUUGGAUGGUCUUCUCUCGUUGGUCAUCAAUUAAGACCACCAAUAGGCUGGAAAAACAGCAUUUCUGAGUGGAACAAAUUGAUCGAAAAAAUCCUCGCCCAAGAUCGCGAUGCACCACAGGAAAUUUUUUCCGAGGAUGCAACUGGUACUGCGCAAGGUCCGUAUGCAUUCGAAGUUGGAAUGAAAUUUGAAGGCAUCAACCCCUACGUUCCAAAUCAGAUUUGUGUGCUAACUGUAAUCAAGGAACUUAAGUACAAUUACUUCAUCGCUGGCAUCGAUUCGCAAGCUGCGUAUUUCUGCUUUCACGCCAACUCGAGGAAUAUUUUUCCACCUGGAUGGUGCGAGGCCCACGGCAUUGAACUAACGCCACCAAGAGAUUACCCAAAAAAACCAUUUGACUGGGACAGCUAUUGUGGCAAUACCAAUGGAAGACGAGCUUCCGCAUAUCUUUUUCAAUCCCAUCGUUCCGAUAAUCUCUUCAAACCGGGCAUGAAAUUGGAGGCUGUGGACUUACGCGAGCCCGCAUUGGUUUGUCCAGCAACUGUUGUCGACGUGCGAGGUCCAUUACUGAAGAUUCAUUUCGAUGGCUGGGAUGUAACCUAUGACCAGUACUUGGAUAUGGACUCUCUCGAUUUGUUUCCAGUUGGAUAUUGCGAAAUAACUGGUCACCCGCUCCAACCUCCAGGGCCAAGACCAGAUCCAUACACACAGCCUGAUUAUCAAUAUCGGAAAAGUAGCGUUAAAGGACAAUCAGGAUACAAUAUUAGCGGAUCAACUACACAUCAAGUAUCAAAACCAUUGAAAAACGAGCAGAUAAACAAAGUGAAACAAGUGAAAACACCAUUGCACCCAGAAGGCAUGUACUUUGUGAACAGACGAUGUUGCUGUGGUCCUCAUCUCAACGCUGCCAAACUUCUAAAGCUUCCAGAUACAGUGAAAGGCGUCCUCGGAGGUUCCGACAAAAAUAACAUCGUGCGCAAAUGCCUACAGCUACUGGUUAGUUCCAGUGAGAAUCCCAAAAGCGUUCUUGAACUAUUUUGUCACGAAUUUUACCAAACCAAGCGGCACAGUGACUUAGAUUUAGCAGCGACUGUCUGCAUUGAAAUGAAGACGAAGACCGACAAGCGAAUUAUGAGACGCGUGAAAAUUGCGUCGAAAGUUGACAUGAUCCGACCGAAUAUCGAGCGAGUAUUCCAACUACUUAAAUGUUGUCCUAACGUGUUUGCAAAUGUGAAAUAUCCUACUGAACAAUGCGACACUUGUCGCGAAAAACAGACUAGUGAAUUAGAGCUAAACUUGGCAGAAUUUGGUCACCAAACAGCUAACCUAUUUAAUGAUGAUGUACACUGACUGUAAAAUAUCACGUUGACUUCUGAUUUUUGAAUGAGCUUCAACUCACAAAUGUAAAUAGAAGUUGGUUUUUUCACUCUACUCGUUGGAUACUCGACAACUCUACAAGCCGAAAAGCGUUUUGUGUCAAGUGAAUAUUGGUCAGCGUAGGCAGAGUAUUAUAUAUUUUCAAUAUGUUGUCUGAGUAUUUUUAAAGUUCACAAUAGAAUGUUUAACGCUGAGAUUUAUUUUUUCAAACAAA